UCCGCGAGAUCCACAUUAAUCUCACUAUGUAUCUGAUUGCAUAUCAAUUAUAAUUUGGUUAAAAAGAAGUAAUCAAAAUAUGUUAAGAAUAAAUAAAUAAUAUUUAUAAUCUAAUCCAUAUUUAAUAAAUGAAUAAAAUUAAUUAGUAAUUAGCACCGAAAAACAAGUCACCAACUGAAAGAUGUCUGCUAUAAAAACCUACGAUUGUCAAAAAGAAUUCAACCCAAAUCCAACUCCUCAACACUGACUCGUAACGGAAAACCCUCUGAUAAUUAUCUCCUCUCCGAUAAAUACGGAUUGCCUGCAAAUAAAUAAAUUCACACACAUUUCACUCACUGUGUGAAGAAAAUACCAAAAAAAAAAAUUAAUGGUUAUAAAUAUUCCAGGUCCAGCGGCGGGAGGAGGAGGAUCUGCAUGUGGUGGGGCGGCCGCCGCCGCCGCGGUGGAAGUGCACAGAGUGUGCCUUCCGCCGCCGAGAACCACCGUGGAGAAACUCCGGCGCCGGCUGGCGGACAUCUUCUUCCCCGACGACCCGCUUCAUGGGUUCAAGGAUCAGACCCGGUUCAGAAAGUUGGUAAUCGGGCUGCAGUUUUUCUUCCCGAUUUUUCAGUGGGGCCCGGAUUAUAGUUUUGAAUUGUUGAAAUCUGAUGUUGUUUCUGGGGUUACAAUUGCAAGCCUCGCAAUUCCACAGGGGAUUAGUUACGCGAAGCUGGCGAAUUUACCGCCGAUAAUCGGGCUUUACUCGAGUUUUGUACCGCCAUUGAUAUAUUCGGUGCUCGGGAGUUCGAGACACUUGGCGGUGGGUCCCGUCUCAAUAGCUUCACUCGUAAUGGGCACAAUGCUCAGCGAAGCCGUUUCCUACACUAAAGAACCGGAUCUUUACCUUAAACUGGCGUUUACAGCUACUUUCUUUGCCGGAAUAUUCCAAGCUUCUCUCGGUUUUUUAAGAUUAGGAUUUAUUAUCGAUUUUCUAUCGAAAGCGACUCUAGUCGGAUUCAUGGCUGGUGCGGCAGUAAUCGUUUCAUUGCAACAGCUAAAAGGGCUACUUGGAAUAGUCCAUUUCACGGCGAAAAUGCAAUUAAUCCCCGUUUUAUCCUCCGUCUUCCAUCACACGGACGAGUGGUCGUGGCAGACAAUUGUCAUGGGAGUUGGUUUUCUUGUCUUGCUACUGACAACAAGGCAAAUCAGCAUGAAAAAACCGAAACUGUUUUGGAUAUCAGCAGCCGCCCCGUUGGCAUCGGUUGUUCUUUCAACUAUCCUAGUAAUCUGCAUUAAAUCCAAAUACCAAGGCAUUCAGACUAUUGGUUAUUUGCCGAAGGGUUUAAAUCCACCAUCUUCGAACAUGCUAUUUUUCAGCGGCCCUCAUCUCGCUCUAGCUAUCAAAACCGGCAUUCUCACCGGAAUUCUUUCUCUCACAGAAGGAAUUGCUGUUGGAAGAACAUUUGCAGCUAUGAAAAAUUACCAAGUUGAUGGUAAUAAAGAAAUGGUGGCCAUUGGCUUAAUGAACAUAGCCGGUUCUUGCUCGUCAAGUUACGUCACCACAGGGUCAUUUUCACGAUCGGCUGUGAAUUACAACGCGGGGGCGAAAACGGUGGUGUCGAAUAUAGUAAUGGCUGCAGCUGUGCUUAUUACUCUGUUAUUCCUCAUGCCGUUAUUUCAUUACACUCCAAAUUUAAUCCUCGCAGCCAUUAUUAUAACCGCGGUUAUAGGCCUAAUCGAUUAUCAGUCAGCGUAUAAACUGUGGAAAGUCGAUAAACUCGACUUUGUUGCUUGCUUGUGCUCGUUUUUCGGUGUUCUGUUUAUCUCGGUCCCUAUCGGUCUUGCUAUAGCAGUUGGAAUUUCGAUUUUCAAGAUUCUAUUGAACGUGACGAGGCCGAAUACAGCUGCUUUGGGGAAUAUUCGAGGAACUCAAAUUUAUCGAAACCUUAAUAUAUACAAAGACGCUGUUAGGGUUCCGUCAUUUCUUAUACUAGCGGUUGAAGCUCCUAUUUACUUUGCGAAUUCGACUUAUCUGCAAGAAAGGAUUAUGAGAUGGGUUAGGGAAGAAGAAGAGUGGUUGGCAUUAAAUAACCAGAGCAAUUUGAAAUGUGUGAUUCUUGAUAUGACUGCUGUGACGGCAAUAGACACGAGCGGUAUCGAUACAAUAAGCGAACUCCGGAAGGUGCUCGAAAACCGAUCACUUAAGUUUGUUUUGGCAAAUCCGGUCGGAAAUGUGAUGGAGAAACUGCAUAAAUCGAAAGUAUUAGAGCCGUUCGGAUUAGAAGGACUAUAUUUGACAGUUGGAGAAGCGGUAGCUGAUAUUUCAUCUUCAUGGAAGGUUUAGUUUUUUUUUUUUUUUAAAGACUUAGUUUUUUUUGGGGACCAUUUUAGUUAGGUUGAAAGGCAGACUUUGCUUUUUUUUUUUUUUUUUUGUAAUUGCUUUUGUUUUUGCUAG